UCUUAGUGUGCUCUACUGCUCUGCCAAACCUCUCUGUCACUGCUCCCCCUUUUCUCUGCAAAUCCUUUCCUUUCAGAGGAAACAAAACCAACCAUGAGCAGGAAGGUGACGAGUUCUUCCGUGUCCUACAGGUCCAGUGCAGGCGGAGGGGGCAUGGGCUUUGGUAGUGGCAGUGGCAGUGCGGGAAGCAUGAGGUACAGCAGCGGAGGCGGAUAUUCCUCAAAAUCUGCAGUGUUUGCAUCAGCAAGCCCAAGAAUAUCCUCUAGUAGCAUGAGUGUUAGAGGCUAUGGUAGUGGUGGUGGUGCUGGCAGCUUUGGUGGUGGACGUAGUGGUGGUUUUGCCUUUGGUGGUGGUGGUGGUGGUAGUGGUAGUGCCUUUGGCGCUGGUAAUGCUGGUGGUUUUAUGGCUUACGGUAUGUCUUUUGGUGGUGGUGCUGCUGGUGGUGGCGGCUUUGGUGGUGGAAUGCCAGGCGCCACCAUCCAGGCCGUCCAAUGCAACACGAGCCUGCUAGCCCCAGUUAAUGUUGACAUCGACCCCACGAUCCAGACCGUCAAAACCCAAGAGAAAGAUCAGAUCAAGACUCUCAACAACCGCUUCGCCAGCUUCAUUGAUAAGGUGCGCUUCCUGGAGCAGCAGAACAAAAUGCUGGAGACCAAGUGGAGCCUGCUGCAGGAGCAGACCACCACCCGUUCCAACAUUGAUGGCAUGUUCGAGGCCUACAUCGCCAACCUGCGCAGACAGCUGGAUGGCCUUGGCAAUGAGAAGGUCAAGCUGGAAGGAGAGCUAAGGAACAUGCAGGGACUUGUGGAGGACUUCAAGAACAAAUAUGAAGAUGAAAUCAACAAGCGUGCAGGUGUGGAGAAUGAGUUUGUGCUCCUGAAGAAGGAUGUAGAUGGUGCCUACAUGAACAAAGUUGAGCUGGAAGCCAAGGUUGAUUCCCUUCAGGAUGAGAUUAACUUCCUUAGAGCUAUCUAUGAGGCGGAACUGGCUGAGCUCCAGGGACAGAUCAAGGACACCUCAGUCAUUGUGUCGGUGGAAAACAGCCGUCAGCUGAAUAUGGAAGAUAUUGUGGCUGAAGUCAAGGCUCAGUAUGAGGAUAUGGCCAACGCAUCCAGGUCAGAAGCAGAGCAGUGGUAUCAAGGAAAGGUCACUGAGAUGCAGCAGUCUGCAGGCCAGACCGGAGAUGAUCUUCGCAACACCAAGAGUGAGAUUGCUGAGCUCAACCGCAUGAUUAGCCGCCUUCAGAAUGAGAUUGAAUCAGUCAAGGGACAGCGUGCAAACUUGGAGGCCCAGAUCGCUGAGGCUGAGGAGCGUGGUGAGCUGGCCGUGAAGGACGCCAAGGCCCGCAUUAGGGACCUGGAGGAAGCCCUACAGAGAGCCAAACAGGACAUGGCCCGCCAAGUCCGCGAGUACCAGGAGCUCAUGAACGUCAAGCUGGCUCUGGACAUUGAGAUCGCCACAUACAGGAAACUGCUGGAAGGAGAGGAAUUCAGGUAA